AUGUUUUACUCGUCUAUCCGUCUGUUGGAAAGCCUGCCAACGAUCCGGGCCGUGGCUGCGACAGGCUGGCGUUACCAUCGACACGGCAACCCUUCUAAAGUUUUGCAAUACGAACGUUAUCGUUUACCUUUUGAUCGUUCGGGCUCGCGGGUGGUCGUAAAAAUGCUCGCGGCGCCUGUGCAUCGGCAAGAUAAGAACAUUAUUGAAGGACACCCUGAGGUCAUGCAGCUUGCUAAGGAAUUGCACGAAUUAACUCCAUCGGGAAAAUCUGACAACGUCGCGUUUUCUUUUCCACGUAUCGCAGGCGUCGAAGGAGUUGGCGUGGUCGAGGAAGUCGGUCGUAGCGCAAGUCUCGCGCUGAAGGAGGGGGAUUUAGUCUGGGUUAACAAUCCUUUCGUCGGGACCUGGACGACGCACCUGGUGACGGAUGCGGACAAUCUCGACGUGGUACCGAAUCGUGCAGAUGUCGAAAUUGAGUAUUUGGCUUCGCUUUCCUUAUUCCACACCGCGUACCAUCUAACCCAUGACUUCGUCAGCUUACAGCCGAACGAUGUGGUUCUACAAACCGGCGCGUCCUCCUCCGUGGCUCAGAUUUGUCAGGGCCACUUACGCGCUAAAGGUGCCAAACUCUUCCAAACCAUGCAGCUCGGUCGAACCGAGCAUGGGCAUUUGGUGGCUUUCUUCAAAUUACGUGGCGCUUUCGCGGUUGUUCCCUACAAUUAUGCGCGGACGAAUUAUAUGCGCCGUUUGUUGUCGGACAUCCCGCCACCAAGGCUGCUUCUAAACCAUACUUGUGGUGGUUAUGCCUCAAAUCUGGUCAAUCUCUUAGGUGAUAACGGCAUUUGUGUGACCUAUGGCAACACAAGCCACCACCCCAUGCAGAUUUCGAAUAUGGAUGCAAUCGCCCGGGGGAUUAAAUUCAUGGGAUUCUCCCUCGCACGGUGGAAUGCGCGGCAUACACGUGAGGCCCGGAUGCGGGUACAUCAGAACGUUGUGGAGAGCAUGACGAUCUCACAAGGGCAUAGUAUUUUCCGCGCCCAGCGCUUUAAGAUGGAUGGGGAUUCGAUCUUCGCCUUCAGCAAUGCGUGGGAUGCCCCACUGGCAUCGCGUAAGGCGGUGCUCCGGAUGGUUGGUGAAUACGGCGAGUGGCGACGCCCGCGUGCGGACCAAGCGGGAUGGAAUCUCGGACGUGUGGUUUGGGAGGACCUUUUACAGCAGCUUUGGGAAUCCACCGGGACGACGGAGAACCCACAGUCGAUGAAGUACUAUACCCCUUUUGCCGAUAUCCACUCGGAGUUCCACGACAAAAAGCAGUCCAAACAAAUGGGGCAUCGUGACGUGUUUUUCCGACGCCCGGUCGCACCACGACACAAUGCUGCUGAAAAAUCAAACUGA